ACUUCCGGGUCAAAGGGGCCCGAGCUGCCGGGUCCCCCGUGUCCGCCGCCGCCGCUGUCCCCCCGCGCCCGCCACUUCCGGGGCCGCAGUCCCGGGCAUGGAGCCGCGAGCUUGAGGCGCCGCCGGCCCCGGGACGCCCUGCCCAGCCCAGCCCGGCCGCCGCCCCGCGCCGGCCCCGAGCCCCGGUCUGUGUCCCAUGUCUGCAGCUGGAAUGGAGGCUCUCUGGACCCUUUAGAAGGCUCACCCACCCCGAGGUCUGCCGAGUGGUUAAUGCGGAAGGUUAAGAAGCUGCGGCUGGACAACGCGAACACAGGACGUUGGAGGAGCUUCUCACUGAAUUCCGAGGGGGCGGAGAGGAUGGCCACCGGGGCGCCGACGUCCGACCGGGGCGACCAGGGCGGUGCAGUGGAGAUGGAGGAGCCAGCCUCCCGCUUCCAGGUGCAGAAGCACUCGUGGGACGGCCUCCGGAACAUCAUCCACGGCAGCCGCAAGAACUCGGGCCUCAUCGUCAGCAAGGCCCCGCACGACUUCCAGUUCGUGCAGAAGACGGACGAGUCGGGCCCCCACUCUCACCGCCUCUACUACCUGGGGAUGCCCUACGGCAGCCGAGAGAACUCCCUCCUCUACUCCGAGAUCCCCAGGAAGGUCCGGAAGGAGGCCCUGCUGCUCCUGUCCUGGAAGCAGAUGCUGGAUCACUUUCAGGCCACGCCCCACCACGGGGUCUACUCCCGGGAAGAGGAGCUCCUGCGGGAGCGGAAGCGCCUGGGUGUCUUUGGCAUCACCUCCUACGACUUCCACAGCGAGAGCGGCCUCUUCCUCUUCCAGGCCAGCAACAGCCUCUUCCACUGCCGGGACGGGGGCAAGAAUGGCUUCAUGGUGUCCCCCAUGAAGCCCCUGGAAAUCAAGACCCAGUGUUCCGGGCCCCGGAUGGACCCCAAGAUCUGCCCCGCCGACCCCACCUUCUUCUCCUUCAUCAACAGCAGCGACCUGUGGGUGGCCAACAUCGAGACGGGCCAGGAGCAGCGGCUGACCUUCUGCCACAAGGGCUUGUCCAACGUCCUUGAUGACCCCAGAUCCGCGGGCGUAGCCACCUUCGUCAUCCAGGAAGAAUUUGACCGCUUCACGGGCUACUGGUGGUCUCCCACAGCCUCCUGGGAGGGUUCGGAAGGCUGCAAGACGCUGAGACUCCUGUACGAGGAAGUGGACGAGUCCGAGGUGGAGAUCAUUCACGUGCCCUCUCCCGCGCUAGAGGAAAGGAAGACAGACUCCUACCGGUACCCCAGGACAGGCAGCAAGAAUCCCAAGAUCGCCUUGAAACUGGCCGAGUUUCAGACCGACAGUCAGGGCAAGAUCGUGUCAACGCAAGAGAAGGAGCUGGUACAGCCCUUCAGCACGCUCUUCCCGAAGGUGGAGUACAUCGCCAGGGCCGGCUGGACCCGGGACGGCAAAUAUGCCUGGGCCAUGUUCCUGGACCGGCCCCAGCAGCGGCUCCAGCUCGUCCUCCUGCCCCCGGCCCUGUUCAUCCCCACCCCCGAGAGCGAGGAGCAGCGGGUGGCCUUCGCCAGAGCCGUGCCCGGGAAUGUGCAGCCGCACGUGGUGUACGAGGAGGUCACCGACGUGUGGAUCAAUGUUCACGACAUCUUCUAUCCCUUCCCCCAACCAGAGGGAGAGGACGAACUCUGCUUCCUCCGCGCCAAUGAGUGCAAGACCGGCUUCUGCCACUUGUACAAAGUCACCGCUGUUUUGAAGCCCCGCGGCUACGACUGGACCCAGCCCUUCAGCCCCGGGGAAGAUGAAUUUAAAUGCCCCAUCAAGGAAGAGAUCGCACUGACCAGCGGCGAAUGGGAGGUUUUGGCGAGGCACGGCUCCAAGAUCUGGGUCAACGAGGAGACGAAGCUGGUGUACUUCCAAGGCACGAAGGACACGCCCCUGGAGCACCACCUCUACGUGGUCAGCUACGAGGCCCCCGGCGAGAUCGUGCGCCUCACCACGCCCGGCUUCUCCCACAGCUGCUCCAUGAGCCAGAACUUCGACAUGUUCAUCAGCCACUACAGCAGCGUGAGCACGCCGCCCUGCGUGCACGUCUACAAGCUGAGCGGCCCCGACGGCGACCCCCUGCACAGGCAGCCGCGCUUCUGGGCCAGCAUGAUGGAGGCGGCCAGCUGCCCCCCGGAUUACGUGCCCCCGGAAAUCUUCCAUUUCCACACGCGCUCGGACGUGCGGCUCUACGGCAUGAUCUACAAGCCGCACGCUGUGCAGCCCGGGAAGAAGCACCCCACCGUCCUCUUCGUGUACGGAGGCCCGCAGGUGCAGCUGGUCAAUAACUCCUUCAAAGGAAUCAAGUAUUUGCGGCUCAACACUCUGGCGUCUCUGGGCUACGCUGUGGUCGUGAUCGACGGCAGGGGCUCCUGUCAGCGAGGGCUUCGAUUUGAAGGGGCCCUGAAAAACCAAAUGGGCCAGGUGGAGAUUGAGGACCAGGUGGAGGGCUUGCAGUUCGUGGCUGAGAAGUACGGCUUCAUUGACCUGAGCCGGGUCGCGAUCCACGGCUGGUCCUACGGAGGCUUCCUCUCGCUCAUGGGGCUGAUCCACAAGCCCCAGGUGUUCAAGGUGGCCAUCGCAGGCGCCCCAGUCACGGUCUGGAUGGCCUACGACACAGGGUACACGGAACGCUACAUGGAUGUCCCAGAGAACAACCAGCUCGGCUACGAGGCGGGUUCCGUGGCCCUGCAUGUGGAGAAGCUGCCCAAUGAGCCCAACCGCCUGCUCAUCCUGCACGGCUUCCUGGAUGAGAACGUGCACUUUUUCCACACAAACUUCCUCGUCUCGCAGCUGAUCCGAGCAGGAAAGCCUUACCAGCUCCAGAUCUACCCCAACGAGAGACACAGCAUCCGCUGCCCCGAGUCCGGCGAGCACUACGAAGUCACGCUGCUGCACUUUCUACAGGAGCACCUCUGAGCCUGCGGCCGCCGCGCGGGGCCGGCACAGUCCGAGCACAAGUGGCUUCGCUGCCGCCAUCGAGGCGGGGUGCGGGGACGAGGCGGGAGGGGCCGAGUGGCCCCCACAGCGCCUCCUCCCACCGGCCCCGCCAGACCGCCCGCCCCGGGAGCUGCCGCCUUCGCCCCAACGCCUUUUCCCGUCUUCGUUCACGCUCCUGGGUUUUCUGCCUGCUGCUUCUCGGUGGCCAGGAUGGAGAGAUGGGGCCGCCGUCCACGAGGCGCUUCCUCGAGCCAUCCCUCCUCUCCCCAUCGUCUGGGGGCAGGAGCUCAACUCCGCUGGGCACUGGAGGCCGGAAGAGACUCGGAGGAGCCGGGCCUUUGCCCCCGGGGCACAGAAGCAUGCGAUUGCCUUUCCUCCCCACCCACCCGCAUCAUGUUUGUGUUUUGUUUUUGGGGGGAGAUGGGGGUCGUUUUUCUUAAUUAUUUAAAAGACAGAAAGCAAGGGUCGCCUACAUCUGGAAUCCGGGUCUGCCGCCGGGCCGCGGGGGUCACCCCAGCCAGCACCUGCAGCCCGAAGCGGGAGUCGUGCCCAGCAGGCCGGGAGCGGUUCGCAGGGAAGCGGGGCAGCCGCCCGGCCCGGCUUUCAGGCAGGCUCUGAAACGUGCCCAGCCCCGUUCUCUGCAGGUCAGCGGCCGCCCCCUCCCCAGCCCAGCCAACCGGCCACACGUUUCUGCCUGGCCCGCCCGCACAGCCUGGGUUCCAGGGUUGGGAGUGGAACCCUCCCCGCCUCAGGGUUUUCCUUACUGUUUCCUUUCCCUCCCGCCAAGAGUUCUGCCAGGGGCGGGUAGAAAAAAAAUUAAAAAACAAAAAACAAACAAAAAAAAAACCCCACCAGAGAAAAACCACCUCUACAUAUUAUGGAAAGAAAAUAUUUUUGUCAAUUCUUAUUCUUUUAUAAUUAUGCGUGAAAGAAGUAGACUCAUUAAACGAUUCCAGACGGAAGCACUGCCACCUGCUUGAGGUUCCUUCUAAACCCCUGGGGCUGGUGAUGGGGGCUCCUUGAGUGGGUGGGGGUCCUGGGAAGAGACUGAGCAGAGGCCAGGGCAGUCUUUGCAGUCCAGGGGUGGGGGCAGGGCUGCUUGCUCAGUGGUGCUGCCCUGGCACAGAAGGGGGGGGCGCCAUGGCAGGGCUGGCAGAUGCCCUGCCUCUCAGCCAGCCGGCCCAGUACAGACAGUCCCAGAGGUCCCGAGGCAGCCCGUGGGUGCCUCUGAGGGGCCCAUCCCAGGGUGUGGCGGGUGGCCUUCCUUUCACACCUCUUCUUGUCCAGAGACUUGACUCAGUGGUCGGGGAAUCAGGACACACCGACGAGGGAGGGCAGGCCUUGCCCCUCUUCGUGUAUGUCCUAACAGCUGAGAGGCUAGGAGACCAGGGACCAUGCCCGUGCAAGGGGCACUUGUGGUACUUGACUUUCUAACAGCGCGAUGGCCUCGUCUCCGUGCUAUCACCUGCUCCAUCAUUUGGGGAGGUCCAGUUUUAUUUUUAAUGGCUUAAAGAAUAAAACAAACCGGGACUUCCCUGGUGGUGCGGUGGUUAAGAAUCCACCUGCCAAUGCAAGGGACACGGGUUUGAUCCCUGCGCCAGGAAGAUCCCACAUGCCGCGGAGCAACUAAGCCCAUGCGCCCUAGGGCCUGUGCUCCACAACAACGGAAGCCACUGCACUGAGAAGCCCACGCACCACAACAAAGAGUAGCUCCCGCUCUCCACAACUAGAGAAAGCCCGCGCACAGCAAUGAAGACCCAGUGCAGCCAAAAUAACAUAAUAAUGAAAAGAAUAAACCAGUACAAAAAAGAUAUAGAGUGGAAAAAGACACCCUCCCUCCUGAAAGGUAACCCCUCCCAAGUCUCUCCUUUUAAUACCUGCCUUCUAUUCCGCCCUGUGAAUGUGCCAUUAUUAAUUUUGCCAGGCACCUAUCAAAGGAUAACAGGUUAUUCUGGGCUUUUCCUAUAAAUCGGGGGUCAACAGACUUUGUCAAGGGCCAGACAGUAAAUAUUUCAGGCUUUGUGGGCUAGGCAGUCUCUGUUGCAACCUCUCGACUCUGGCCCUUGCAGUUCAAAAGCAGUCAUGGGUGAUGUGUAAAUGAAUGGGUGUGGCUGUGUGCCAAUAAAACUUUAUUUACAAAACCACACAGCCAGUCAGAUUUGGCCAACAGGCUGUAAUGGACCAACCCCUGGUAUAAAGGAUGCUACAACAAAUAGCCUUGUACAUGUUUGGGGCAUAUGUCUGAGUUUAUAGGGUAAGUUCCUAGAAUUAUCAAAAGGCAUCUUAAUUUUUAAUUUUGAAGAAUAUUGCCAAGUUGCCUUCUAAAGAGCACGCCUCAGUGUCCACACCUCUUGGUGAAGUGUGCUUGUUCCUCCAUUCCUUCAGUACUACAUGUUAUUUUUGCCAAUCUUAGGAGUGAAACAUGGCAUCUCACUGUAACUCAAACGCACAUUUAUGUGUGUGAAUAUUUUCAUGCUUUAAGACACGUGUUUACGAGUAAUCAUUUGCCUUUCUUUUGAUCUAUUGACCUCAUUGAUUUGUAAACACUCUUUAUAUAUGAAGGAAAUCAGUCCAUAGUCAUACAUGUUGCAAACUGAACUGUGUUGCUGAUUGCAAAGUGUUUUAUGGGUAAGAAGCUCAGCCAAAGAAUGUUUAAAAUCAUCUCAGCGGGACUUCCCUAGUGGCGCAGUGGUUAAGAAUCUGCCUGCCAAUGCAGGGGACAUGGGUUCAAUCUCUGGUCCAGGAAGAUCCCACAUGCUGCAGAGCAACUCAGCCCAUGUGCCACAACUACUGAGCCUGCAUGCUGCAACUACCGAAGCCUGUGUGCCUAGAGCCCGUGCUCUGCAACGAGAAGCCACCACACUGAGAAGCCCGCACACCACAACAAGGAGUAGCCCCUGCUCGCCACAACUAGAGAAAGCCUGUGCGCAGCAGUGAAGAUCCAAAACAGCCAAAAACAUAAACAAAUAAUAAUAAAAUAAAAUAAUCUCAGGAACAAGAAGAUGUCUUGCCCUUAAUCCCCUAUGAAAUAAAGUGGAGAGGCCCCGGGAGGCUUGGCAGCUGGUGCCCAGCAAUGGCCUCAAGCAGGAACUCUUUUUUUUUGUGGGGGGCGGGGGGGGAGGCACACCUCAUGGUAUGUGGGAUCUUAGUUUCCUGACCAGGGAUCGAACCCGUGGCCCCUGCUGUGGAAGCACGAAGUCUUAACCACUGGACCAUCAAGGAAGUCCUUCAAGCAGGAACUCUUCAUCAGAACUUACUACCUCUGCCUCCCUUGGUCAGGACUCAGCACCGGCCAAACUUCAGUCAGUUGUAUUCCCGCCCAGACAACAAGGCCUGGGAAGGGACACGGGGUGGGGGUGAUGGAUGAGGAGCAGCUACAAAAGGACACGUGUCAGCUGGCAGGAGGUCUCAGUCUUCGAGGUGGCAGGUUAAGAGACCUUUGUUUUCUUCAUGGUUGAUACAGGGCCGCUUGUUUUCUCCACCGCUGGUGGGCGUUCCAUCUGAGGGAGGGUCCCAGCGCUGUUUCAGGUCACCUGUGUACAAGCUGGAGUCCUUUCCUGGUGGAAGUGCUCAGCUCUCCUCUAAUUGGCAAGAACCCAUGAGCAAUGGACAUAAGAUCCCGUUUCACAUCGUUUGCAGAUAUUUUCCCAGUUUGUCA